UCACUAAAUAGACUGACAUCAACAUGAACCAGUGGCGAAUAAUAUUACUGAGUGUGACAUUAUUGUGGAGUCUACAAACAGCAUUAUCACAAACCCAUGAAGUGGUGUGUCCUGGUACCCAGAAUGGACUGAGCUCCACAGGCUCUCAGGAAAAUCAAUACAACCUGAUUAAGGAGCGGUAUGAUGACUGUGAGAUCAUCAUGGGAAACCUGGAAAUCACUCAGAUUGAGAGUAACUGGGAUUUCUCUUUCCUCAAGGCAAUCCGCGAGGUGACUGGCUACGUCCUCAUUGCUAUGAACCACUUUCAGGAGAUUCCUUUAGGUCAACUGCGGGUCAUUAGAGGAAACAGCCUUUAUGAAAGGCGCUUUGCUCUCUCUGUCUUCCUCAACUAUCCCAAGGAUGGCUCCAAUGGCCUGCGGCAGCUGGGCCUUGCUAACCUGACAGAGAUUCUGGAGGGAGGAGUGCAGAUUAUCAACAACAAGUACCUGAGUUAUGGCCCCUGGAUCUUCUGGCAAGAUAUCAUCAGAGACAACAGUGCUCCUAUUGACAUCCAGUACAAUGGAGAGAGGGGCCCGUGCCACAAAUCUUGUGGUGAUUACUGCUGGGGGCCAAAUAAGAACCAAUGUCAGAUCUUGACUAAGACGGUGUGCGCUCCACAGUGUAAUGGCCGCUGUUUUGGGACAAGCCCCCGGGACUGCUGUCACAUAGAGUGUGCAGCGGGAUGUAAAGGCCCUCUAGAUGUGGACUGUUUUGCAUGUCGUCAUUUCAACGACUCCGAAGCCUGUGUGCCCCAGUGUCCCCAGACUCUGAUCUAUAACAAGCAGACGUUUCAAAUGGAGAACAACCCUAAUGCCAAAUAUCAGUACGGCUCCAUCUGUGUGUCUCAGUGCCCCAUCCAUUUCGUGGUGGACGAUAGCUCCUGUGUGAGCGCCUGUCCUCAAGACAAGAUGGAGGUGGAGAGAGAAGGCCAGAGGCAGUGUGAGCUCUGCAGCGGACUAUGCCCAAAAGUUUGUGAAGGUACCGGUGCUGAACACAGGCAGACUGUGGACUCCAGCAACAUCGACAGCUUCAUCAACUGCACCAAGAUCCAGGGCAGCCUUCAUUUCCUGGUCACAGGGAUACUUGGAGAUGACUUUAAACAGAUCCCACCCCUGGAUGCCAAAAAGCUGGAAGUGUUCCGCACUGUCAGAGAAAUAACAGAUUUUCUUAACAUCCAAUCAUGGCCCAGAGAGCUGAAUGAUUUGUCUGUUUUUUCAAGUCUCACUACCAUUCAAGGGAGGUCGCUCUACAAGCGAUUUUCUCUGAUGGUGAUGCACAUUUCCACCCUUACCUCACUGGGUCUGCGCUCUCUCCGAGAGAUCAGUGAUGGCAAUGUGUACGUCAGCCAGAAUGCCAACCUCUGUUACCACCACACUGUAAACUGGGCACAGUUGUUCAGAGGCCGCAGAAUUCGCAUCAACAACAUAAACAACAACAGGCCACUGACAGAGUGUGUUGCAGAAGGCCAUGUGUGUGACCCACUGUGUUCAGACUCCGGUUGCUGGGGACCAGGACCUGACCAGUGUCUCUCCUGUAGGAACUACAGUCGUAAUGGCACAUGUGUGGGCAGCUGUAAUUUUUAUACCGGCACUCUAAAGGAAUUUGCAGGGCCUGAUGGAGAGUGCAUUGCCUGUCAUUCAGAGUGCAAGCCUCAGAUUGGAGAGCCCAGCUGCACUGGACCGGGUGCAGAUGAGUGUGUUGCUUGUGCCAACCUUCGAGAUGGUCCUUACUGCAUGUCCUCUUGCCCCACUGGAGUAAACGAUGGACAGAGGGGGCUGAUCUUCAAAUAUCCCAAUAGAGACGGUCACUGUGAACCAUGUCACCACAACUGCACUCAAGGAUGCUCAGGCCCAGGAUUGAAUGAUUGUUUAGAAACAGUCAUACUGGCAAUUAGUAGUGGUCAGAUCACAGGCAUAGCUUUAGGUGUGCCGGCUGGUUUGAUUUUCUGCCUGGUUUUGUUUUUCCUGGGUGUGUUGUACCACCGAGGUCUGGCUAUCCGCCGCAAGAGAGCCAUGAGGAGGUACCUGGAGAGCGGAGAGAGCUUUGAGCCACUGGGUCCAGGAGAGAAAGGUACCAAGGUUCAUGCCCGCAUCUUGAGGCCCUCAGAUCUGAAAAAAAUCAAAGCACUCGGCUCUGGAGUUUUUGGCACAGUGCACAAGGGCUUUUGGACUCCAGAGAGAGAGACAGUGAAGAUCCCUGUGGCCAUUAAAACCAUCCAGGAUAGCUCCGGUCGACAAACCUUCACUGAGAUCACAGAUCACAUGCUGUCUAUGGGUAGCCUAGACCACCCCUACAUUGUUAGGCUUCUGGGCAUCUGUCCAGGUGCCAGUCUGCAACUGGUGACCCAGCUCAGUUCCCAGGGCUCCUUGGUGGAGCACCUCAGGCAGCACAAGAACAGCCUGGACCCCCAGCGCCUGCUCAACUGGUGUGUGCAGAUCGCUAAAGGUAUGUACUACCUGGAGGAGCACUGCAUGGUGCAUAGAAACCUGGCUGCCCGCAACAUCCUACUGAAGAACGACUACCAGGUCCAGAUCUCUGACUAUGGUGUAGCAGAUCUCCUUUAUCCUGAUGACAAGAAAUAUGUCUACACAGACACCAAGACACCUAUUAAAUGGAUGGCUCUUGAAAGCAUUUUGUUUCGAAGAUACACUCAUCAAAGUGAUGUUUGGAGUUAUGGCGUGACAGUGUGGGAGAUGAUGUCAUAUGGGGCAGAGCCCUAUGCGUCUGUGCAGCCUCAGGAGGUGCCGAGUCUGCUGGAGAAGGGCGAACGUCUGUCUCAACCCCACAUCUGCACUAUAGACGUCUACAUGGUCAUGGUUAAAUGCUGGAUGAUUGAUGAAAAUAUAAGGCCGACCUUCAAAGAGCUAGCCAGUGACUUUACUCGAAUGGCAAGAGACCCACCUAGAUACCUCGUCAUCAAGGUGGAAGGAGGAGAAGCUGCCUCAGAACAGAUCCAUCGAAGAGAAUCAGAGCGAGGGCUUCUAGACGCAGCUUUGGAUGACCAAGAUGAAGAGGGACUAGAGGAUGGUUUGGCUACUCCUCCUCUUCAACACUCUCCAUCUUGGAGUCUGUCGCGUUCAAGGAUUAGUUCUUACAGGAGUGGCACCUCUCAGGCCGGACCAGUUGGAUACCUGCCAAUGACCCCUAGCCCUGUAGACAGCAUCCGCCAGCUGUGGUUUCAGAGGUCUCGUCUGAGCUCAGUGCGAACUCUGCCCGAGAGGUCAGAGGUCAGGGGGAGUGGCAGGGAGGCAGAGCUGUGUGAGGAAGGUUUAAGGACCGGGAGUCUUCACAGGGCCCGGUUUGGAUCUGAAAGGGGCAAUCCCCAUAUCAACCGGCACAGGAAGCUCUCAACAGCAUCAAGUCCAUCUUCAUAUAAAGUGUGGAUGGCAGGGGAAGAGGAGGAGGUGGACCAUUAUGGUUAUGUUCUUCCUGGUUCACCUGACACCCCAGACAGAGUCUGCAGAGUUUCUCAUGCUGGACGAAGAAACUCAAGAUCAACCAAGAACAAUCCGUCUCUCGUGGUGAUAAAUCCCUCCCAUGAGUACGAGGUCAUGAGCAAAGAGCCUGGUGCUCCACCUUGCUCGACAGCAGGCGACUCAUCACAGGUAGAUGCCCUUUCAGUUGCACUUUGUCGUAAAACCUCGCCUCUACCUUCUCUGACCUUCAUAGCGCCAUUACCUGCAGAGGACACAACACAUUUGGAAAGCCUGACACCAGCUGUAAGGAGUAGGCAAGUAAAUGAGGAUUGUGAGGGAACAGUAGCAGAACAAAGAGACUCUGCAAAGAAACAUCAGCUCACUGGGGACUCUGAGAGUGAGAUCAAAGUUGUGGAUGACCAAGGACAGGCAGUGCAAGGGAUAGGCAGGUACGAAUACAUGGACAUCAGACGCUCUGACUCUACAGAGGGACAGGAUCAAGCACAUGAGAGGCGUGGGCAUCAAACAUCUGCAAAGAGUGUAGCAGAGACAGACGGAACAGACGGGGCAGAGGAAAGCCAAGUAGUGGAGGUGUUGAAAAAAGAGCACCAGGAAGAAGAGGAAGAGGAGAAGAACCACUGUACAAAUAAACAACCCACACUUGAGGGGAAUCUCAGCAGUAUGGUCAUGCCCAGGCCAGAUGUGCUCACAGCUGGGGGGGAGAAGGUAGAGGAAUAUGAAGAGAUGACCGGAUUUGGAGUGGUAUCCAGUGGGUGGGAACAUGCAGACUACCAGAACCUGCCAGUGAAGGGGAGGGCUGUUUCUGAGGACAUGGGCAGUGGCAGUUGUGCAGGGAUCGGGGGAUACAUCAAGGUGUGUGCUGGCAUGGAAUCUGGCAGCAACACAUCAUUUGACAACCCAGACUACUGGCACAGCAGACUGUUCCUCAAGCCAGAUGCUGUACGUACUUAAGAAUGUUCACUGGGACAGAGACACAGUAACUGCUGCAGUUACUUCAGGUCUACAUUUGUUUCUGUUUUUAUA